GUGAAGUCAUGGCUAUCCUGUUCGCUGUUGUGGCGAGGGGCACAACCAUCCUUGCCAAACACGCCUGGUGUGGAGGAAACUUCCUGGAGGUGACAGAGCAGAUCCUGGCGAAAAUACCAUCUGAAAACAACAAACUGACCUAUUCACAUGGGAAUUAUCUGUUUCAUUACAUCUGCCAAGACAGGAUUAUAUACCUCUGCAUUACAGAUGAUGACUUUGAACGAUCCAGAGCCUUCAACUUCCUGAAUGAAAUCAAGAAGAGGUUUCAGACCACAUAUGGCUCAAGAGCACAGACAGCCCUUCCCUAUGCAAUGAACAGCGAGUUCUCAAGCGUCUUAGCUGCACAGCUGAAAUACCACUCGGAGAGCAAGGGCACUGACCAGGUGGCAGAGACGCAAGCUCAAAUUGAUGAACUUAAAGGAAUCAUGGUUCGAAACAUAGACCUUGUGGCACAAAGAGGAGAGAAGCUGGAGUUGCUGAUCGAUAAAACAGAGAAUCUUGUGGAUUCGUCAGUCACUUUCAAAACUACCAGCAGGAACCUUGCUAGAGCCAUGUGUAUGAAGAACCUCAAGCUUACCAUCGUCAUCAUCAUUGUAUCAAUUGUAAUCAUCUAUAUCAUUCUAUCGGCUGCCUGUGGUGGGCUUGCGUGGCCGAGCUGUGUGCAGAAGUAACUGGAGGCAGCUGGUGCUGGUCACUUGGAGAUGAGAAUCACAGGAGUGUGAAGAAGCAAUCUGCAGAAUAACUCUUAAUCUUUCACUACUGACACCUUCUCAUUCUUCCAUCCCGCCGGGACUUCAGACUUUUUUGCCUUAUCACCCCAAACAGGCCCAGCUGGUCACUGCUUCUGUGCAGCUGUAACCUGAAGAACGGGCUGGUUUGAAUUACUUGAAGGGGGAUUUUUUUUGUUUCUUUUCCUGUCCCAGCUCCAACCUUCUCGGCUGGGUGGGCGGCACGUCCAGCUCUGGAGGGUUAUGUGCAUGCUCGCCCGUGUGUCCGUGUAGCUUUGCACUUUCAUGUGAGCGUGCAAGUGGAGAGCAGUACUGCUAGCAACCAUCCUACCCAUGAGGAUGGUGUUGGAGGGUAGUUCAGGGUGGGCUGCGCCAAACUAACGGGGGAGGGACAAGAUAGGUGUAGUGUGAAUUUCCACUUUCUACAAAUAUUGGAGACCCAGGUGCCUCUCCCUGCACGUCCGGCCUCGUGUGGGCCCGUAGGGUUUCAGCACGUAGAGGUUGCAAGCGCAGUCUUGGUAGUAACAAAAAGAAAGGCUUUUGGGCUGGGGCUUUACGCACUGUAAGAUGUGGGCGGUGCUGCUUCUGUAUGAAAUCUCCCUUUUCCUGGAGGUCUUUCUGCAGGUGGUAGGAGAGGGCGUUGGGCCACCUCAGCGUUUUGAAAUGGCUGCCUCUUCAUCCUCACUUCUUCCUCAUCUUCCCCCCCAGCCCCUUAAUUUGUGGCUAAAUCAACACAGUAAAGGAGAUGGUUGCGUAUGGUUAAGGUUGCAGUAAUGUAUCUGCUUUCUCACAUGUUAUUUCUCCUGUUCCUCUUUUGAGGGUGGGCUAAAAUGAAUACUAACGUUAUCACUUGCUAAGGUGAAAUUGGGGGCCAAUCUGUUGAUCUGGCUUGGUAAGGUGUCAGGUAUCUGCUGCUUGUGCUUCUACUCUGAAGGUGUGUGCUAAAAACCGAGGACGGAGAAGGGACAGAAAGUUGGGGUUGAUGGGUGGUUACUUUCUCUAUGGCCUGAAGAAGAAAGGCUCUUUCAGAGGAUGUAGUAACACGUACUCCUCUGAAAAGAAAAACAUGAAAAAAACCCCAAAACCAAACCCAAGGCUAAUAACCAAAUGUAGGAUCAAGUAUGCCGAUGAUGUGCUGCCGUCAGAGGACGGGGACUGCUUUGCCUGCUGUUGGGAGCUGUGAACGCUGUUAUUUCUGUCCCAGCUGGACAGCUGAAUGGUCCGGCCAGUCCUGGCUGACCGGAGCCAAAGCUGUUGUCGCCUGGGUGAGGGUGUAGGGACUUUGUCUUGUAUCUUACAGGCUCGUUUCCCAGAGAAGAAAUAGAAACAACUGAAAUCUCAUAAAAGCAUCAGAUGGUCCACGAAGGAAGCUGCAUCUUUUUGACCCAGGGAAGCGGCUUCUCAUGGUGGGUGGAAGCUGUCGAGGUAUGGGAAGGGGAGGCUUAAUUUGGUGACUAAACUCGAGCCCCCGGUUGGUGCCGCGGGCUCCCUGCGCCCUGCAGCACAGGCUUGCCAGGGGCCGGGCAGCGACAUGAAACUGCUGCUCCUGCACGUGCUUUUCCUGGUGUACGUUACGCUGACCUUGGAGCUUUCCAGCAGGUGCCAGAUGGAGAGUUCUCCUGUAAACUUAGGAUGCCGAUUUGGAUUCGUCUUCUACUAGGCUGAAACUUAACUAAGGGUAAUCGGGUCUCGAUACCCAGACAGCGUCAGUGGGUCUGAUCAGCACUGCGCUCGCUGGCAUCCGUUCCCGUUUGUGUUAAUUGAAUGUAAAGCUUGGAGAAAGAUUUCCUUCCUCUUACCUCCUGCUCUUACAGCCGCCCACAGUUCAGUGUACAAUUGUGCAUGUUUUAGGGAUUGUUGAUGUUACUGUGUUCAUUUCUAUGAUUUGUUGUCUUAUGUACAAAUACUUUUUAAAGAAAAUACUUCCUUCCCUUUUAAAGGAUGCACUGAGGCAUUAGUGUAAAAACAAAGUUAACUUGAUUUAAAUAAAAUUACUGUACAG